CUAACUGUAUUCGACAACGUGUUGGAUUCGUUCCAUCCAUUUUGGCAUUUUUAUCUCUGACAUACUUCUAAUUGCGUAAUUUAUAAGUUUCUUAUCAGUUUCAAUGUGUCACUCACCACUGGAGUAAGUAUCACUCAAUUAUGAUGAGACUCUUUCCGACCGUGUUUCACAAUGAAAACUUCACCGGGGGAUACGUCGUCUGAUGCGGAUAGCAUUGCAUCGAAUGAGCAUCAGCAACUUGACGAGGACAAUACGACUGGUGGACACACAAGUAAAGACAUGCAGUCCAUCAUGGCAGACAUCGCUGCUAACAUGACAGUGGAUGAAGUCAUGGAUAAACUGCUUUCAAACAGCAGAGGAUUACAUAUAAUGGAGGUACACCGGAGAAGAAAACUUCAUGGUUACAAUGAAUUUGAAAUAAAUGAAGAUGAACCAUUGUGGAAAAAGUACAUUGGACAAUUUAAGGAUCCUUUGAUAAUGUUACUAUUAGCAUCAGCAGUUGUCAGUGUUAUAAUGGGCCAGUUGGAUGAUGCUGUUAGUAUAACAAUGGCAAUUAUCAUUGUUGUUACAGUGGCUUUUGUACAGGAAUAUAGAUCAGAAAAAUCUUUAGAAGCUUUGACAAAAUUAGUUCCACAUACCUGUCACUGUUUACGAAAUAGCCGAGUAGAAGUUACAUUAGGACGAGAUUUAGUACCAGGUGAUAUUGUACAGCUGUCGGUAGGUGACCGUGUGCCCGCUGAUAUGAGGUUAUUGGAGGCUGUCGGCCUGGCUAUAGACGAGUCUAGUUUUACUGGGGAAACUAAACCAAGUAAUAAAACUGUAGAAACUCUAUCCAAGACAACAAAUGGAAAACUGACAACUAGGAAAAACAUAGCUUAUAUGGGUACCCUAGUAAGGUGUGGAAGAGGAAAGGGUGUUGUCAUAGGAACAGGGGAGGUUUCACAGUUUGGCGAAGUUUUUAAAAUGAUGCAAGGUGAAGAGGCUCCUAAGACACCUCUGCAGAAAAGUAUGGGUACAUUGGGUAAACAGUUGUCUUUUUAUUCAUUCUGUAUUAUUGGAUGCAUCAUGCUAUUGGGAUGGGUGCAAAAAAGGAAACUACUGGAUAUGUUCACCAUCGGAGUCAGCUUGGCUGUGGCAGCAAUUCCUGAAGGUUUACCAAUAGUGGUUACUGUUACGCUGGCACUUGGAUCCAUGAGAAUGGCUAAAAGAAAUGCUAUUGUUAAAAAAUUACCAAUUGUGGAAACACUUGGAUGUGUGACUGUUAUUUGUUCAGACAAGACAGGUACUCUAACUAAGAAUGAGAUGACAGCAACUGCUAUUUACACUUCAGAUGGCAAACACGUUGAG